AUCACGCCCCCCACAAAAGAACCCCUAUGGCGCAAUCAAACCCAAGACCAACAACUAAUCAUCCUAGCAAUGGAAGCACUCAACAGGGGGCAGAAGCAUAUCACAAAAAAACACAUAACAAGAAAAAAACCCAUCGCUAA